AUGGUUUUGAAGGAUAAGGUAUUGGCCAAGUUUGAAAAGGACCAAGCUGAAACGAAGGCAUCAAAGUCGCACGAGGAAAGAUUGAGAAUGAAUGCGGAAAUUUUGAAGGAAAUACUGUUCGUCUACUUCAAGGUCCUGAAAACUACCAAGGACUCAGACCUUCUAUCAGCUGUACUGGCUGGACUUUCUACAUAUGCUCACGUUAUCAAUGUGGACUACGUGGAAAACUUGCUUCAGUUGAUGAGCAGUUUUGUCACUAAUCCGAAGACGAGCCUGCAAGAUGGUUUAAACAGCGUGCAUACCGCUCUCACUAUCUUCAACUCCUCCUCAGCAGCAGCCGUUUUAAAGAUUGAUCCUACACAUUUCUACAACCAUCUGUAUGCUCUGCUCGGUUGCAUGGCAGGUGUACGCGGUAGGCGAAUGGGUGGUGCUGCCUCCAACACCGUUAAAAGCAACAAUCUUCUACAAUACGCUUGGGCUCGAACUCCUGCAGCUUUGGCAGCGGAGGAUCUGGUAAAGCGGGAGCGGCUCUUGGCUGGCAGUGAUGGUAGUGACCAAUCAAAUGAAUUUGUACGCUCGAUCAGUGCUGCCGAAGUAGAGGACUUUGCUGAUGUCAUUCUUGCCUGCUUGGACAUGCUCCUUGUUUCACGUCGAAAAGAGGUUUCUAUCACCCGAGUCUUGGCAUUUGUCAAGAGACUUGCUUCCCUUACUCUCGUUGUGACCGACACAGCCUGCCUUGCCUCAAUGCUU